AUGGAUUCUGAUCAAAAUAGGUUAAGUACUCAAGAACUCAAUCUAAUAGAUGGUCUGAAUGUGGGUUUUUCAUCAACAUCAAAAACGGGUAAAACUUAUGAAGAAACAGAAUUAGAAGAAGCAGAUGAUGAUCAACAUUUGUUAAGAGUAUUUUCUUGUAAUUAUUGUCAGAGGAAAUUCUUUAGCUGGCAAGCUUUAGGAGGACAUCAAAACGCACAUAAACAAGAGCGUAAUAUAGAGAAAAGAGAUCGACUCCAGAGACUCACUUCUUAUAGUUAUGCUAACAUGAUCAGCAACCACCAACAGUACCCGUAUAAUCGACACCACAGAUUCUCAAGAAUUCCUUCUUUGCCUACUCUUCUUCAUGGUUCUCUCAGUUAUAAUAGUAUUCUCUCUCAUUCUACACUUCGCAAACCCACAUCAUUUGUUUUCCCAUCUUUUCAGUCUGAUUCUUCAUAUUAUCAUCAUCAACCUGUUGUCGGUCGGUCACUCUCUUCUAUACAGGGGUCUAUGCAACACGUUCCUAGGCUUAACGACGGGAGUUUUCUAGUGCAAAGUAGUGGUGGUGAUGGUUUAAAGGGUAGUGCUUCUAAUCAAGGAGACUCGAAGAAGAUUGAUUUGGCUCUUAAGCUCUAA